AGUCCAGAUACCUGAAAAAUCCACUUUAGUCCUCCCACAAGAAAGUGGACUUCAUUUCAUUUUCAAAACCUACGUAUAAUGACAUGAAUUGAACACGCAAUGAUUUGUGUUGUUUUGUUUUCCCGCCUCCAUCCUUUGUGAGCUGCCGGGGGGGCCAACUGAGGCCCUCUUGUUUUACAUCCUUGUUUUACAUAAUGCACUGGGGCACUAUCAGGUUCCAUCAUGGUGCGUUAGGGUCAUCUAUAGAACAGUGACCCCUCGGAGUCCAAGUGAAAGAAAUCAGUUUGACUUUCCCUCUGUAGCACUUAAGUGCAAGCAGAAGCUAAACAUAUCCUGUGUUUGCUUUUAAGAUCUUAAAUCUUGCAUGUAGCUUGUCUUAGGAAAAGUAAAAGAUGGUAUUUCACACAGUGGCAACCCAAAAACCUUUCAUGGCGCACACAAUGAAAACACAUAACCGCUUCAAAGUAAAACAACUAGAAAAAUAAGUAUGCCAAUUAAAGUCUCUGCCUUUUGAUAAAAUAGUAGAAAUAAUGGAUGAAAAAGUGAUGCAGACAAGGUUCUGAUUCUUUAUUUUACCGUUAACGUUUCUGUAAUCCUACAUAAAAGCAAACAGAUCACAUGUUUGUCUAUUUUUCUCCCCAAAUAAUAUACAUUACAUUACAACGAUGGGAUAUCUGCUUUUGAGACUCCCUCUGUAAGUUUCAGUUUCAUUUCAAGACAAAUGUUCUGAGAAACCAUUCACCGUGUUUGAAAGGAAGUUGUUAGGAGUCACAUUUGCUACAGCCUUCCUCAUCGCGAUGGUGUCUCUUUUCCAAAUCCUUUUACUACUUGCAUCUUCAACAGGUAGGGGUGUGGCGGGCCCCCCAAAGGAAAUUUACGUCAAGGCAGGUGAGAUGGUUGUACUGCAGUGCCGACGAGCAUCUCAUCGUUUUGACCACGCUCCAGUAAUAUGGACCAGUGAGAGCAAGCUGCCGAUAGACCUGAGCAACAUGUCACCGGCUGAACAGAGACAGAUGGGUCUCCUUUUUUUUGACACGAGCCUUUUCAUUCUCACUGCUUCAGUAAACCAUCAGGGCAACUACUCGUGUUCACAAAGGAAUGUAAGUGACAAGUUGUGGUUCAGGCUGACCGUGUACACCACACUGACUUCCAGCUCUUUGUACUCGAUGACAUGUUACACACAUGAGUCCUGCACUUUGAGAUGUCCAAAAGUCAACAUCCCACCCUCAAAUAAUCCCUACUUCACCAGUUAUGACAUCAUUUGGCACAAAGAGGGCAAGUCAGCGCAGAAAGUUAAGAGCUACUUCUCAAGUGUGGAAGACACAGAUUCUGGCGUCUACACCUGCACCAGGCCUUACCUCUUUGAUGGACAAAUCUAUAACAUGAGCUUCACGUUGGAGUUGGACGUCCAGCCUAAACAGAGAAACAAACAUGCUGUGAUCUCCUACCCAAGGCCAAAAGAGAUUAUUUAUGUGGAUGUGGGCUCACCGGCUGUGAUUAAAUGUGAAGCUGUAUCAUAUUCAGACCUCGGUUUGUUGUUGUUUUGGUUGAGUGGCACCACAUUUGUGGAAAAGAAUGACUCCUUCCCAGUCUUCUGCAAUCAUUCAAGGGAAGAUUUGACUGAAGGUAUAAAAAACACUGCAAAUUUGGUGUUCAAAGAAGUAACAGAGGAAGAUCUCUCAAAUAAUUACACCUGUAAAUUGCAAUAUUUUUCACUGUCAAUCGCCGUCACCAUUACCUUGGCCAAAAAAGUUCAAGGUUCCCACUUGCCUGUAGCACUCUGCCUUGUGGUGAUCAUGGCAAUAAUGGCCGCAACUGUCAGUGUCUAUGUCAAAUUCAAAAUUGAACUCAUUCUCUUCCUGCGAAACACUCUGGGCUGUCAUAGGAAAACCUCAGAUGGGAAGACCUAUGAUGUAUUUCUCAUGUGUUAUAAGAGCGACAAAGUGACAGGAUUGAAAGCAUGCGAUACAAAGUGGCUAGAGAAUGUUCUAGAAGAACAUUUUGGCUAUAAGCUCUGCCUCUUUGAUCGGGAUGUACAACCAGGAAAAGCUACAUCCGAGGCGCUGCUAGACUGCAUAGAACAAAGUCAAUCGGUGGUCCUGGUACCUUCCCCUCUGGCUGAGAAUCUGGAAACUGGCUUGUUGAGUGCCAUCCACGCAGCCCUAGUGGAACGCAAGACGAGCUUGGUUGUCAUCAAACCUGGGAAUGUGAAAGAAGACAAAUGGGAGCCCGCACCAGAGGCCUUCAAGCUCCUUGAGAAGAUGGGCCACUGCGUCACAUGGGAGAGCUUAAGUUCUCUGCCGCCUUCUUCCACCUUCUGGAAGAAGCUCCGCUAUCGUCUCCCGGCAGCGUGCACUAAAAACAAAGCUUUACCUUUAGAAGUUCUUCCGUAGAAGCUCUCGCAAACCUCCGGUACACCGGCGGAUGAUCUGAUGUGAACUGCCAUGAACGGGCUAAUGGGAAUUAGCAAAGAUGUCACGGGAAGAGGGAAAGGAAUAGGCUUUAUGACCUUGAUUGCUGAGGAGUCGAGCGGGGAAAGGGAAGGAAAUAGAAAGGACACACUGACCUUCUUGCCGAUUCUUUUUUGUCAUAAAGGAAUUUGUUGAUUGAAUGUCUAAAUUAACCAUCUUCUUUGUAGUGUUGGCCCACUGUCUUCAAAUAAAAAGCCGAGUUGACUCGCUGGCACACCAGCAGGAGCAAUCGUCUUGAAAAUGUCACAA